AUGUUCUUCUUCAGUAAGCCCACAUUAGAAGCUCAGGAGUAUCCUUACAAUGCAACCACUUUUGAUCCCAAGAAACAGAAGCACGAAUUCAAUGGUGCGAAUUUCACCUAUGUAAUGUGGCCCAGCACGCUAAAGGAUGAGGCGUCGGGCGAGGUCAUCACCAAGGCUCGCAUGCUUAUCGUUCACGGGUUCGAUGAGCAUACACAGCUAUAUAGCAGGUUUAUGGACAAUCUGAGCGCAGUCGGCAUCGAAUCGUUCAUCUUCGACCAACGGGGGUCCGGCGAGACGUCGCCGGGCAAACUCAAGGGCCAAACUAACGAGUUCCACACGUUCAACGAUCUAGACCACUUCCUGGAGUGGAACCUCAAGGACAAGGAUGCCGCCACGCCGCUUUUCCUGUUCGGCCACUCCAUGGGCGGCGGGAUCUGUCUCAACUACGGGUGCAACGGUCGCUACAAGGACCAAGUCGCAGGAAUCACGGUCACGGGCCCACUUGUCGUACUACAUCCACACACGCAGCCACGCGCGAUCGUUCGGCUCUGCGCACCGGUACUGGCUGCUGCGCUACCCCGUCUGCGCAUCGACACAGGACUCGAUAUCGAUGCCACCACCAGCGACCAACGCUUCCGCGACUUUCUGCGUCACGACCCGCUCACCAUGCCGGUUUACGGCACAUUACGCCAGAUCUACGACUUCAUGGAACGUGGCAAGCGUCUCAUCCACGACAAAGCCCAUUUGUCCCGCUUCGACCGCCCGGUCCUCGUGCUCCACGGCCAAGAUGACCGUAUAAAUGACCCUCAGGGCUCUCAGAGUUUCCACGACCUGUGCCCCGUCACCGAUAAAACCCUCAACUUUUACCCUGCUGCCCGCCACUCCUUGUGUCUCGAGACCGACUCCGUUUUCGAGCAAGUCUUUCGAGACUUGUCUGUCUGGGUCCUGCACCACUGCGACGACGGAAACGACCACGACUCCGCGCGCUUGCGUCCUGCACAAGUUCCAAGCAAUUAA